AUGAUGCUCAAAGCUUUGCUGCUCUGCGCCGUGCUGGCAACCGUGCAAAGCGUGCCAACCAUCCGGCCCGAUGACAUCCCGCUCGACAAACGGGCCUGGGGUCCCGAUCUGCACUGCGCGCUGAGCCUUGACGACACAGAUGGAUCGGUCUUGAUGGUGCAGGAGUUCAAGCUCAACAUCUCCCCCGAUUGGAACAACGCUCAGCUUAGCAACUUCUGGCCCAAUCCCGGCUGGGCACAAGGCAGAGGUUCUUUCACGGAUGGCGGCAAUCGUCACUGUGCUUGGACGCUUCACGUUACCAUGGCAGACCAGGACACUUGGCCAUCAGACGUUGCGGUCACCUUGCGAAUUGACCACCAUUGGUCUACCAAUACGCCUUUUGGUUUCCAAGUGGGUCAAGUUUUUGUCAAUGGUGGCGAGCUACUCGAUGGCCAAUAUAGCGUAGGCGGUCUCAAGUGCAACCAGAAGUCGAUCCCCUACAACAAGAACGUCGGCGCAGUGGAAGCAGCCCAAGCGGCGCAAAGACAAGUGCAAGUGGAACGUCGUCUGCCUGUCAAUCUCGACUUGGGCUAUCUCAUGCUGACCGACCCAAACGCCCUGGAUGCUCAGCAAUUCUCUGAAGACAGAGAGGUCACUCUGCGAGCAAAUGCGAGGGAUGGAACCCAACUCCUCAUCAAUGCCAUCUUUGCACAGAGCAUACAGAGCUCCUCGGAUGGUCCACUCGCUCAAUUGCCACCGCCUGCCCUCAUGCUGCCCAGAGAGAAGGCUCUACCCAAGCCGAAACCGCCAACGAAAUGGGAGAAAUUCGCCAGAUCAAAGGGUAUCACGACCAAGGCCAAGAAGGAUCGUCUCGUCUUUGACGAGGAGAAGCAGGACUGGGUGCCAAGCUAUGGCUACAAAGGCAAGAACAAGCAGACUGAAGAUCAAUGGAUUGUAGAAGUACCCAACAAUGCCGACCCGUCGUUCGAUCCCGUGAAAGCGAGCAAAGACGAGCGCAAGGCGAGGAAGCUCAAGAACGAGCAACAGCGCCUCCGCAAUAUCACAAGGACAGCCACUGCGCCAACCACUGUUGCCGCUGCUGCGGCAAAGGAAAAACAAGCUAUCGCUGCUUCUAAAGCUCUCGCGGGCGCCAAACUCGACAGACCAGAGCAGGCUGCCCGCAAGCGAGAACUAGAGAGCGAGUUGGCAACGACCAAGAAGAGCACCGCUAGUCUCGGUCGCUACGACACCCAGCUCAAAGGCGAAGGCAAAGUUCGAGGUGUCAAACGCAAGUUCGAGGCAGCAACGAUGCCUGCAGGCGAUGAGCGAGAAAAGGCACUCACCCUGCUGCGCGAUCUGUCUACCAAGGGUCCCAAACGACUCGGUGCGGGCGAGUCCACCGUCAAUGCUCGCAAAGCAAUCAACACUGCCUCUGCCGGUCGCGGUGCCGCGUCUCUUGUACGUUCUGCAGAGGGCAGAAGCAGCUCAGCUCGAGGUAGAGGCAGAGGCAGGGGUCGCAAGUAG